AUGCGUUUCUCCCUCAUUGUGAUUCUUGCGAGUGCGUAUGCACGGGCGUCCCUUGGUGGCACUCUUGAGAUCAUUGAUAUUGAUAAACAAUGCGCGAUAAGGUCCUAUGACAACCAUGGCUGCACAGGGUCUUCCGCGUUCUUCAGCCAACUUGAUGGGGAUGACUGUUCAAGAUUGGACAAAGUCACCAACAGCACUCAUCCAGGCUACCCUAUGCGUGGCUCGGACACUUGCGGCACGGAAAAUGAUUCAUCAGCUGCAUGGGUUAAGGUCGAAAAGACCGGUGUGGUCACGUUCUUCAAUUUUCAGGGAGACAACUCGACAUGUACAUUGGACAAUGGACUCAAGCAUGACAGCCGGUGUACUGCUUCAGAUCUGGGAUCUUCCGCCAAGUCGCCAUCCACCAAGUCGCCAUCCACCAAGUCAUCCUACACCGAGGCAUCUUCCUCUUUGAUGACGCGGAAGACUUUGCCAUCGAUUUCCGAGUCGUCUUCGACUAACUUCCAGAUCGCUCCUACCCCCGCUUGUUCUGCUACCUGA